AAGCUACGAGUUCGUCCCAGCAGGCCGUAUAACGUCUGUAAGUCGGACGGAGACGGCACGAGACGACCUUGUCGCAGUCGGUUCUGAUCCCGCUCUCUGGAAUUACUACACAGAUACAUGGACAAUUUGCUAGGGCUCACUUUCCGAAAAAAAAUAUCGAAAAAAAUGCGGCCUGCCGGUGGGAAAGCGCCGUCCGAAAGCGUCCGCAGAGCCCUAGCAGUGACGGUCGCGAUCCUGCGGGUUUUGUGAGAAAAAUCGGGAGUUUUUCGCGAAAACCGGAAAAUUGCGCAACUGUGAUCCCGUUGGCCCUUCGGGGGCUGUUUCAGUGAUAUUUUAUGUAGAAGCGACCACCAAGGAAGAACCACCGUGCCUUUCGAUCUAGAGUGAUUUUGUUGUGGAUGAAUUCAGUGCGGAAGUGUUUUGCCUAUUUCCUCAGUAGUUUAUUACUAUAGUUUCCUCAUUUUUUACUCAUCAUGUGCCUUAACUCCUAACGUACCCCCCAUUACAUCGUAAAUAUGAAAUUGAAAUUAUUUUUGGCUAAACUAAAUUUUCGCCGGCUUUGCGGUCAAUUUCGGUUUUAAUUCGACUUUUGCUCCAUUUCGCAAAUUCCAUUACAUGAUGAUGGCGACAAUUAGAACAAAACCACUGGCAUCGCACCUAAAAAUCUGUACACAAAAACAUCAUUGUGAACCGCGUUAUCAGUCCGCGUAAUCGGCCAUUCACACCAAACGAGUAAAAAUAGAGAAUUAAGGCUGAUUAAGAAGCAAAUCGGCCGGGUUUAUUUCCCUUUAAAGGAUCAGGAUUUCCAUCGACACCAGCAGAAUAAUGCCAGCAGAUUUGUGGGCUCGUUUCAGAUAUUCGGGAAGUGAAUAACCUUGAGUUCAAUGCCUUUUGAACCGCGCCUCCAUACGGAACUAUUCUCCAAAAAGCAGAGUCGGAUUCGGAAUUGUUCUUCACUUUUACUGAUUACUGAUACUUUAUACUGAUUAUAUUCUCAUUCUUUUCCUUUUUAGUAUGUUUCGCCAUUUUUUCUGCCUGCAAAUAUUUUUGACUUUCAUUUUUGCGUCCAGUUAAUGCAGCAUUUUUCUCUCACUUCAUUAGGGGGUUUAUUUCACUUUCCUUUUUAUGUAUACUAUUUUAUUUUUACCAUACCAAGCUACUUUACAAGCAAUAUUUCGCUGUUCUUCUUGGUUUAUCACUGCAAAAGCAAUUUAGUGGCGUCAGACUUCUGGCUCAUUAAUUCAAGAAAUAAUCAGCAAGAUUAGAAAAAACUCUCAGUUUUUCAAUAUUUUCCGCGUCUAAUCAUGAUUAACAUUGAACGAUACACUUUACAACCGCAAAACAAUCAUUUUUUUUACUUUGAACUUGUGGUCUAAUCGAUAGCGUUCAUUUACUUGAUUUAAUUCAAUUAGACGGCUUUUUACCUUCUCUUCAAAUUCGCCCAGUUUCUGUUGGGUUCUAGCACAAAAAUUCGCUCAUUAAUCAUCUGAUGAUGGCUAAUGAGAGUGAAAUUUGAAACGAAAUUAUAUUUGAUGCAAACGAAAUUUUCUCCAUGUUCGCACUGAAGAUGCAGGCCACUCGUGCUUGCGAAACGUCAAGAAAACAAACAAAAUUAUUCAAAAAAAAUCCACUGAUAACCGACGACAUUCUUAUCAGAAUAAACGUCGUUAUUUCGCGCUCAAGCCAUUGGUAUGGUCUUGCCUAAAUUUCGAAGGUUGUUGAACCUCGAAAAGUUUUGGCUCAAGUUUAUCGAACUCGACCUGCUUAUAUUUACCUUUCGGUACACGUCACCAGUUAAUAAAUUGUUUGCCCCAUUCGCGGAAUUUCUUUGCAAAUUCGGUCGUUUUAAUGAUGGCCCGAACUUGCAUAUGCAAACUGAUCAGGAUAACGCAUCAUUUCGAACCCAUAUGCCACUGUUUUGGCCGGCACUUUCACCUGAUUUUGGUCUGGGAGAUUAUGCGCGAAUAUUAAUUUUCGAGUUUUGGCCCUCACAGGGUUCAAGACCUGCCUGAUUUCGAUAUGGCUGCUUGACAAAGCGGCGUCAAUUUAAAUAAAUAUGUUUUUUAUCGUAACUAAUAAUAUCAAUUUAAAUUUUCUGAUUUUAUGAAGUGGUUAUUAUUGAAACGAGAUGACUGCGGUAAUAAUUGUUGCUGUUGUGACGAGGGGUCAUCGAACCACAUAGAAAUAUUUUACUUUGUGAAAUUACCAAUGACCCUUUAUCUCGCGAGCGUGUAUGAGUCGCCAUCGAUUCAUCCGAAUUUGUUAACACUUACAUUCUUUUGUUUUUCUUCGCGUAGCGUAAGCCAGAUUUUUUUUAGCCACUUUUGAUUCAGAAUCGGUGUUGUGGGGUGCACUUUGCUUUGCUUUUCCAGAUCGACACACCAUGGAGGUGGAUGUGGUGUACAACAAACAGUUUUGCUCGAAAAUACUCAGACUGUUUCGGUUUCUAACUUAACUCCAUCUGGGUAGAGUGCAGCGGUCCACAUCAAGUGUACUUUUCCAGCGAACAUCACCCGGAUUUAAAUCGGGUGAUCAGUGCGGCCGCCUACCUACGCCAUGCGCUCCCAUAGGGUUGGGAGCAACAGUGGUCGAACUUUCUUUUAUAGUUGUGUGAUUCGUGAAAAAUGGACAAUUUUCCCGAUUUAUUUAAUACUAACGAAACUUGGGGUGUAGUUGGUGAAACGAGCAACGCGAGGGAUUUGUAUCGGCACGAUACCAGUUCGGUGGACUCAUCCACCCCUCCGCCUCAACAUUUGGACGCAGAGGAGCGGAAAAGUGCUAACUCUAUUCGAGCACAAAUCGAGAUAAUACCAUGCAAGGUAUGCGGCGACAAGAGCAGUGGCGUGCAUUACGGCGUCAUCACCUGCGAAGGCUGCAAAGGCUUCUUUCGACGCUCCCAGAGUGCAGUGGUGAACUACCAAUGUCCAAGAGCGAAGAACUGCGUUGUGGACAGAGUCAAUCGGAACCGAUGCCAAUAUUGUCGGUUACAGAAGUGCCUCAGGUUGGGAAUGAGCCGCGAUGCUGUGAAAUUUGGGCGCAUGUCCAAGAAGCAACGGGAAAAGGUCGAGGACGAAGUGCGGUACCACCGAGCCCAGCUCAGGGCGCAGAGCGACUCAGCGCCCGACAGUUCCGUAUUCGAACAGCAAACGCCUUCGAGUAGCGAUCAGUUGCAUCAUAGUUACAAUGGAGGAUAUACAACAUACAACGACGUAGGCUCCUACACAGCGGCUUAUUAUCCAGGACAGGCGCCAGUCGCCUCCACAAUGAGCUACGAUAUUUCCGCAGACUAUGUGGACAGUACGACCACCUACGAUCCGAGACCUGGCCUGGACACGCUCAACGACAAUGGAGCGCUCAUAGCAGGUACCCCUGAUGGUACUAACACGACCAAUGGUGGCGGUAGUGGUUCUGGUGGUGGUGGAGGCGGCGGAGGCUCAAAGUCCUCCUCGAAUCCUCUAACUCUUUCACCCGAGUCGCGUCCGUUUAAACGUAUUGCGCAGACGGCAUCGUCCACGAAUCUUUCGGCAGGCACCACGGUGAUCUCUGUAAAGCAAGAGAGUACGGCUGUAGAUGGCCUACAGGUGCCUAGCUACGUGGACAGUACCACUUACGUGAGCUCGCCCAUUGGUCAGAGCACGUCGACCCGACAAGGACAACAGCAUGCGGGCAGCGGUGGUGGGGAUGAGUGUGAACCGGUUGUCUUACCGAGCAGUUUUGAGCUGGCAAUAAUUCGCAUGUCGCGCUACCUGGACCUGUCUCAUAAUCGUGUUCUUUAUGGGGACACCAUGCUACCCCAAGAUGCCUUUUUCACAUCGGAUACAGCGGAAAUGAAGCUAAUCGGAUGCGUGUUUGAAGUGGCCAAAGGCCUGGCCGAACUGAAGCUGACCGAAACCGAGCUAGCGCUGUAUUCAGCUUGCGUAUUGUUAUCUCCGAAUCGGCCUGGACUGAAGGGAACCAUUGAGAUUGGCCGACUAAACUAUGCGGUUAUCCGAGCUUUGAAGAUUGAGCUGGAUAGGAACCAUAGUUCCCCUAUCAAAGGGGAUGUAACUGUUUGUGAUGCCUUGCUGACGAAAAUUCCCAAUCUGAGGGAAAUCAGUAUGUUGCAUAUGGACGCAUUGGGCAAGCUGAAAAGAUCGGCUCCCCAUUUGGACUUUCCAGCUCUACACAAAGAGUUAUUCAGCGUGGACAGUUGAAAAACUUACAGCCUUUUAUCUGAGUGAUAGAUACAGAUCACCGGUGUAGCUACUAUUUCUUCAUACUGAUGUAUCGGCCUUACAUGCAUAAAUUUAUUAUACAUAUAAUAAAUUAUAAUUUCGUUAAUGUGAAAUAAGGAAAUAUUGUUGUUGCAAAAAGCAAACGGGAUAUCGACCAGCAGAUGCUCAGGAGUCGCAUAAAAACCGCAUCGGACUGUGAUAACCAGCCAGACCCUGGUUUUAAAGUACAACUUCUUGUUUGUUGUCUGUUAUUAGGGGUGUUGGAAAAAUAACUGCAAUCUAUGGGUAUGGAAUUCGAAAUCAGCAAGUUCAAAUGCGAUCACAAUGCAACUCUCUAGACUUUGCCAUCGGCCGUCUUUUGCAUGAUUAUCUUUCUAUUGCCCCUGUUGUUAUUCUAUACAGUGAGUUUAUAUUUAAAGGUGCUGACAUUAGCUAUUUGGUAAUGUCUCUUUGCGGUUUUUUCGACACGAGAAACUAUUCCAUGCCAGUAUUGUAAGCACUUCAAAGCGAUGCAAUUUUUGGACAGUUUAGUAAAGUAACUGUAAAUUCGUCGUGGUCGCGUGCUAAAAUUGAAGAAAACGGUUUGUUGAAGUAAAAACAGCGUUCUUACAAUACUGACUUAUGGUAUAUGGAAAUCUGCCACCCUCGGAACCUAUAUUCACGUUAAGAGGAAUUCUACGCUAUAUUAAAAGUGGCCGCGCUCGAAAAUAGCAACCACUUAUUUUAGUUCUUAAAAUUAGAACUUAGAAUUCGUUUAUAUUAUAUACAUAUUAUACGUAUACUGAAUUUAUCAUAUUUAUAAUGAAAUCACUUUAGUUUUAGUCAGUAGCUAAAAUACAAUAAAAUAAGACUGUAAGCUUAUAAAUUCGUGAGUGUUUGCUAUGUUCGAGACGACGGGUUGCUUCUAUCUUUUUAGUUAAGUUUUACUUGAUGAAACUCGAUUUUAUAAAAAUAUAUUAACAAAGGAUAUAUGUAUAAAGAUUUAAUUAUAUAGAUAAUAGAAUAUUUAUAAAAUAGAUAACUACCUGAUUUCGACUUUCAAGCUUUUUAUUCGAUCGACCUGAAGUGAAAUUUAUGCGAAACCGUUUCAAAUUCUUUCAGCACACCGGGCAGCUAAUCCAUAAAAAUGGCGCAAUAAACAGUUAUUUUGUCUGCGUGAAACAAUUUGAAAAGGGCCCCGCCUGAUCAAGAAUGUGAAACUUUGUUGUUUCUUAAUGACAAAUUGAAAAUUUAAUAAACACAGAGAUUACAUAAACACAACCAGAACAUUUAAUUCUAUGUACAAUCUAUUUUAGUAAAUUGUAAUACUGGUAGGAUUAGGGGUGGUGGAUUUAUUAAACUAUUGUGGCAAAGCCGAUGAGACUUUAGAUUGACUGCCCCUAUUCCAUGCUAAAUUUCGACGACUUAUGCAAAUUUCCUUUAGAAAAUCUAAGCUAUAUUGUGGAGUAGAAAGCUUCUAAAACUGAUGAAUUUCGGCACAUAUUCACUUUGAACGUGAACAGAAAAUAAGUAACAAAGACUGCAGCGUAUAUUUAUAAUAGAAAAUAACGUUUUAGGUUAAAAAUUACUAUUUGGCACCAUUAUACCCUAAAUUUACUUAGCGAUUAAAUUAAGACGACAUUUUUACAUACAUUUAAUCUAACUUUUAGGAAUAUUCGGAAAUACUCAACAGCAGCUUUCAAUCAGUUAGUUCACGAAUCACCUUCGCUCGAGGUAUUAAUUAAUAUAGCGCAAAUCUUCAUUAACUUAGAGGAAAUCAUCAUUUAGGUAGUUUUUCAUCAGCCAAUUUCCCAAUUCGUUUCACGUUAUUGCAAACGUUAUGUUGUGCUUAGGCAAAAAGCUAGAAAAUUCACAAACACGCUUAACUCCUAAGGCCUCCUCGUCCUGAAAUUGGAAGUCCCGAAGUCAAAAAAUGCGGUUAUCUAUUUUUUGUAAAUUAUGAAAAUUGUGCAAUAAAUUUGCAAUUUUAGAAAAUUAAAUGCGUUUUUCUCUCUUGAUUCAUCCCCGGAUUAUAUGGAUUAAAUCUAAUCAAUCUUGUCAUCCCUGUCCGAGCUACAGCGGUGUUUAUGCAAUUUCUUGGGAAAUGCCAGGAACUAGUUCUAAUUUUAAGUUACAUUAUUUGCUUUAUUCUUGGCAAUCUCCGUCAGAAUGGCGAUUCUACUAAGCUCGCAGUGAACGUUUAGGGCCUUUUUUGACUAACACAUAAUGUGCUUUUGGAAAUUAAAUUUCAAACUGGCGCUAUUCUGACAAAGAUUGACUCUAGAGGCUAAAGAGUUGUUUUGUAUUGAACUAUCCCAUGUCGUCUAGAAAUUAACGUUUUUUUCGAAACAUGGCUGUGCUUAAUGCAUUACAGAUCUUCUCAUAACGUUUAUUUUGCUUUUAUGUCCUUAGAUUGAUUUUUAUCGAAAAUUCUGUUCGAAAAACCACCACCUAAGGUGCUGACUUGUGCGGAAAGUGAAACACAUUGUUAUAAAAAAUAGUGGAUUAUGUGAAGAAUCAGGGUGGGCAGUGGGUAAAGUUUACGCAAUUUCCUUGUUAUACACAAAAAUUAAUAAUUUAAAUAAUUUUUAAAACUGUCCUAAUGUACCUCUGGCUAAAAGCACUGUACAUUAUCCCGUUUUAAUUUAUUAGCCUUAUUACUGCUGGUGGACAUUUUAGUCUAGAAAUGUUGCUAACGAUUUUUUUUUGUUUACAUAUCUUUUAUUUCUGUUGGUACAUUGUAAUUGCAAUCGCUAUGUUUUUAUUUUGUUAAUAGUUUUGUUACAUACGAUUGUUAGUGGUAACGAUAUUUUUGUAUUUUUUAGCCUCGACUAUAGAACGUAUGUGUUUAUGUAAGAUUUUUUAAUUGUAAUAAAAGUGCAUUUCAAAACAUAUAACAAAACUA